AAAAGAGAAUAGAAGAAAAAAAAAAAAAAAACUAUGAUGGAGAAGAGAGCUAGUUCUCCCAGUCCCAUGAACAUCAUGGGUGGUUCAAGAGAUGAGGAAGAUGGGAGUUGUAGUAGUACUGUCAACACCAUGCGCACUGCAGAGACCUUGCUUCGUCUAGUCCCCAUGACCCUAUGCGUCGCUGCACUCGUGGUCAUGCUCAAGAACUCUCAGACCAACGACUAUGGUUCCCUUUCCUACUCCGACCUUGGAGCUUUCAGGUAUUUGGUGCAUGUGAAUGGAAUUUGUGCCGGCUAUUCCCUUCUUUCAGCCGUCAUUGUAGCCAUGCCUCGCCCAUGCACAAUGUGCCGUGCUUGGACCUUCUUCUUCCUUGACCAGGUGUUCACUUAUGUAAUUCUGGCUGCCGGAGCUGUGUCAUUGGAGCUGGUGUACUUGGCAUACAAAGGAGAUACAGACAUUACCUGGAGUGCAGCUUGUGGGUCUUUUGGUGCAUUCUGUCACAAGGCCACAGCAUCUGUAGCCCUGACAUUCGUUGUAGUGGCUUGCUAUGCAGUGAUUUCACUCAUUUCCUCCUAUAAACUUUUCAGCAGAUAUGAUGCACCUGUGGCUAAUUCCAGCAACAUUGCUGCCUUCCAAGGCUGACCAAAAUUGUGUUCUUACAGUUAGAUGUACCUAACGUGACACCCUGCGCAUAGCAUAUACAUGUAUGUUUGGUGGACAUUUGAGGUGCUUUAUGUAAUCCUGCUAUUUGUUUAUGCAUUAUGUAACUUGUUUUUGCUACUUAAUAUUUGGGACUGACCUGAGAAUCUCAGACAACUUGAAAAUAAAAGUUUUCAUUUUCAGGUUCCAGAA